AUGUCAAGUAAGGGCAGAAAAAAACGAAAUACUCGUAGGCAAAGGUAUGAGGACAAUGAGGAGGAUGCCCAAAGUGAAUUCAACUACAUGUCAGAAAGGGAUUCUAGAAAGACUGAAGAUUUGCAUGGUCUUGCAAAAACGUGUGCAUGGGGUGAACUGAACGAUGAGAUGGUGCUUCUGGUCCUCAUUAUUGGUAUGAAAGAUGAGGCUCUAAGUGAUAGACUCCAGCUGGACUCUCAAUUGACUCUGGAGAAGGCGAUUAAUACCUUGCGCCAACACGAGGAGCUAGAACGCCAAAAACGUGAGCUCGCCAAUACUAAUGUUUUUAUGGUGAAUCAAACGUCAAUACAAGUUGGUAAAACAAAUCUGUCUGAAAGAGCUGGUGAACAGAAAUUCACCGAGGAUGCUAUGAGAAAAAAGUGCAGGAAAUGUGGUUAUAACUGGCACGGAUCACUGGCCGAAUGCCCUGCUAGGAAAGCCAAAUGUGACAAAUGUUCCGAGAUUGGACAUUUUUUUCGAUGUUGUCCCUUCCGCGAAAAGUGGAUGAGAAAAAACAAAAACGUUGUUAAGGAAAUCGAACAGCAAGAUUCAGACAGUGGUUAUCAACAGGUUCCUGAGAUUUUCAUAGGGAAUAUAGACAGCAGUGACAAAGCCUGGGUCCAGGAGGUAAAAGCAAGCUGUGGAAACCAAGAUUUAGGUCUUAUAAAAUUUAAACUUGACACAGCAGCUGAUGUAACCAUGAUUCCAGUAGGAGUUCUUGGUGAUUUUAUUAAGACUCUGCCUCUAGGAAAGUGCAAAUCCCCUGUGUUUAGCGCAAAGAAGAAAGAACGAAUCAAUAUUUUGGGAACUUUAAGGCUAAAGCUUGAACAUAAGGGUGUAUCAGUUUAUGAUCUUGCGUAUAUUUCUGAGGAGAUCACUGUUCCACUUCUUAGCAGACGUUCCUGUGAAGAGCUGAACCUGGUGAGGAGAAUUUUUUCUGUAGAUUCACAUGAUAUUGACUGGGCUACUAAGUAUCCUAAUUUAUUUCAAGGGCUGGGAAAUAUGAAAGGAGAGUACAAGAUUGAAAUGAAGGAGAAUGCAGUUCCUUACGCUAUAUCCACCCCCAGGGUUGUACCAAUACCUUUAAAAACCAAGGUGAAAGUGCAGUUAGACGAUAUGCUUGAGAAAGGGGUGAUUGUUCCAGUUGAACACGCGACUGAUUGGUGCGCACCAAUGGUAGUUUGCGCAAAAAAGGGAGGUGGGGUUAGGAUCUGCGUAGACCUAUCCAAACUCAACAACAGUGUGAAACGUCGGUUUUAUCCUAUCCCAAAGAUCGAACUUUCAUUGGCCGAGAUCGCGGGAGCCAAGUACUUCAGCAAGAUCGAUGCGAAUUCCGGGUUCUGGCAACUGAACCUUGCAGAGGAGUCACAAGAUUACACAACAUUUAUCACCCCUUUUGGGAGGUAUAAAUUCCGUAAGUUACCUUUUGGAAUUACGUCCGCUCCUGAAGAGUUUCAGCGCCGCAUGUCAAAAGCUUUAAAAGGGGCAAAGAACUGUUUAGUGCACAUUGACGACUGUCUGAUAUGGGGAAGAACGAAAGAAGAACACGACGAGUGUCUUAGGGCCGUUCUAGAGAGAGUGCAAGCUAAUGGAAUCACCUUGAAUAAGCAGAAGUCGGAGUUCUGCAAGAAGACUGUGACAUUUCUGGGGUUUGUGCUGUCUAAGGACGGAAUCAAGCCUGAUCCAAGCAAGGUACAAGCGAUUGUGGACCUACCAGCUCCAAGAAACGCUAAUGAAGUACAAAGAUUCAUAGGCAUGAUCACUUUUCUGGCAAAAUUUAUUCCGAACCGCAGUGAGAUUUUGGAGCCAAUUACGAGCUUGUUAAAGACUAAAAACGAUUUCUUUUGGGGACCAGCUCAAGAAAACGCUUUUGUCACAGUAAAACAGAUUUUAUCAUCAGAGCCAUGUUUGACUGUUUACGAUCCGCAAAAACCCUCGAUUCUUUCUUGCGAUGCUUCAAAAAAAGGUCUUGGAGCGGUUUUACUUCAAGUUGAAGGAGAAAACAAGAAACCUGUGGCAUAUAUAUCUCGGACUCUAACGCCAGCUGAAGAAAACUACAGUAACAUUGAGAGAGAAGCGCUUGCGUGCACAUGGGCAAGUGACCGUUUGAAAUGUUUCCUGAUGGGUAAAAUGUACACAAUUGAGACCGACCACAAACCGCUUAUCUCAAUUUUCAAAACACAAAAUUUGGACGAGCUCUCACCGAGGCUACAGCGGUUCCGAAUGCGUAUGAUGAGAUACGAUUAUCGCAUGACCUGGACCCCAGGAAAAGACCUUGCCAUAGCAGAUCUACUAUCAAGAAGUCCUAUUCCGGCUGACGAAGAUGGCGAAUUGACCGAAGAAGUGGAAGCCUUCGUCCACGAAAUCAGUCUGAUUAGUAUAAACACUACAGAUGAAAAUGUGACAAAGGUACUUCACUCACAAAUGAGAGAUCCAAUCUGUGCACAACUUAAGUUACAAAUUUUAGACGAAUGGCCUGUAAAAUCAAGUUUACCUAAUGAGAUUCAAGAGUACUUUAAUGUGAAAGACGAGUUAAGUUGUAUUGAUGGGCUAUUGCUUCGAGGAACUCGGAUGAUAAUACCUCAAGAACUACGAGCGGAAAUGCUCGAGAGGCUUCACAGUGGACACUUGGGAAUCACAAAAACAAGGAAACGUGCUUUGGGAACCAUGUGGUGGCCUGGAAUUUCUCAAGAAAUAGAAAGGAAAAUCAAAUCGUGUCCAGUGUGUAUUCAGAACUCAACUAAUCACAGUGAACCAUUGAUUCCGAGAACUGUCCCGGAUUACCCGUGGCAAAAUGUGUCUGUUGACUUGUUCAAACACGAAGACAAGUGGUAUAUGGUUAUCGUGGAUGACUACUCAAGAUACUUUGAAGUCGAGGAAAUGCAUCGAAUGAGGGCUUCAGAUGUGAUCGGGUUUGCAAAACCACAUUUUCACGUUUUGGAAUUCCUCAACGUGUUUAUUCAGAUAGUGGGACACAAUUUCACCAUAUUGACUCAAGUGAAUUUAAAUUGUUUGCAAAGGAGUGGGGGUUCUCCACAUUCAGAAGUAGUCCCCACCACCAUCAGGGAAAUGGGGCAGCUGAAGCAGCUGUGA